AGGAGGCUGAGGAGAUGGUAAAGGUGGUGCCGGAUCUCAAUAAAAAGAUUGCUUCACUGGAGGGACAGGUUGAAUUCCUCACUGGCCAGGUUGAUAACCUCACAUCCGAUGUGGAAACCCUGGAGAAGCUGUGUUUCCAUUGAAACCCAAAGGUCACGGGUUGCAGGAGGUGGAUGCUUGUCAUGGGUUGCAGGAGGUUAAUGGUUGUUCUGUAUGUCAGUCUGUUUAGGUCACGGGUUGCAGGGCUUUAUGUAAUCUUGUUCUUUUUCUUGAUGUCAGUCUGUUUAGGACGCACGGGUAGUAGGACUUUAAGUAUGUUUCAUUCACGGGAAGUGUAGAAUUUUGUAUCUUUCUACACUUCUUUUCCAUCAAGGCUGUACUCACGGGUGUAUGUACCCGCUUAAGUUGAAUCAAGGAUAUGUAAACUAUGACUCUAUAUAUAAACUAGGUCUUUAUCUUCUCUUUGUGCAACUCUCAUUUUUCUUUGGUUUUAAAAUAUCCACUUUGGGUUUCUACACUUCUUUCUACACUUCUUCUUCUCUAUGUGCAACUUUCAUUUUUCUUUGGUUUUAAAAUAUCGACUUUGAAACUAACCUCAAAUAUCACACUUCCACUUUCACAUCUCUUUCUCACUUCAAGCUUCACCAUAGGGAAAAAUAUAUAUAUUGUUUGUGAGUUGCUUUAACGAUGUCUUCCUCAUCGAGUGAUGAAGUAGAUGAAGCUAUAGAAGAAAUGGUCGACCAAGUUGUUGAUAAUUACAUCGAUUCGGUGGUUAAUGUUCAAGCCAAGAGACGAGCUUAUAUCGAAAGAGAUCGGGAACGAGGACACAAUCAACUAUGGAACGACUAUUUCAUCGAAAAUCCAACAUACCAACCGGAAAUGUUUAGGCGGCGUUUUCGAAUGAACAAGCCGUUGUUCCUUCGCAUUGUCGAAAGCCUAAGCUCUGAAGUUCCAUACUUUCAGCAAAGAAGAAAUGGGCACGGAAGGUACAGGCUAUCUGCACUCCAAAAGUGUACGGCGGCUAUACGUAUGCUGGCAUAUGGUCAAUCGGGAGAUACGUAUGACGAAUAUCUCCGACUUGGAGAAAGUACUGCACGUUUAUGUUUGGAAAAUUUCACUGAUGGGAUAAUGGAAUUGUUUGGAGAAGAGUAUCUGAGAAGACCCACACCCGAUGAUCUUCAACGUUUACUCGAUAUUGGAGAGGUACGCGGUUUUCCAGGGAUGAUAGGCAGCAUCGAUUGUAUGCAUUGGGAGUGGAAAAACUGUCCUACGGCUUGGAGAGGACAAUACACACGUGGUUCAGGAAAGCCGACAAUUGUCUUAGAAGCUGUGGCAUCUCAGGAUCUGUGGAUAUGGCACGCAUUUUUCGGCUUACCAGGUACUCUCAACGAUAUCAAUGUUCUUGAUCGCUCUCCUGUUUUCAGUGACAUUUUAGAGGGUCGAGCACCUAAAGUUAAUUUCAAGGUCAACAACCACACUUAUCGUAUGGCGUACUACCUUACUGACGGAAUUUAUCCGAAUUGGGCAACAUUUAUCCAAUCCAUCUCGCUUCCUCAAGGUCCUAAAGCAGAGCUAUUUGCUCACCGUCAAGAAUCCACCAGAAAAGAUGUUGAACGGGCUUUUGGAGUAUUGCAAUCAAGGUUUGCAAUAGUUAAAAACCCUGCUCUACUUUGGGACAAGGUUAAGAUAGGAAAGAUUAUGAGAACUUGUGUCAUUUUGCACAAUAUGAUAGUAGAGAACGAACGAAGCGGAUACGCUCAAAUUGAUACAUCUGAGUUUGAGUCAGGGGAGUCGAGCAGGAGUUCCCAGGUGCAAAGGACAACAAGUAUGAAUAUCGGUAAUAUGCGUGGCAUUCGCAAUGAAGUUCGGGAUUCACAGAUACAUGAUCGUUUGAAAGCUGAUUUAGUUGAAAAUGUAUGGCAAAAGUUUGGUAAUGUCGAUGAAUAAUAUUUGUAUGUUCUUGAAUUUUCAAUGUUUUCAAUAAAAUGUUUUCAAAAAAAAAAAUGUGUGUUAUGAAUUAUCAUUGUAUUGAAUAAAAUUGUUUUUAGAACUUUUUAUAAAUAUAUCUUAUUAAUGAAUUCUCAAUAUGCAAACUUAAAAAAAAAUAUUAUUUAAUUUAUAAGAACCUCUUCUUCGGGUUCACUAAUGCGGAUGCAAAAUAUAUAGAGGUUUAUAGAGGUUCAUCACUAUUCCGGGUCCCACCAUUAAAUUAUUAAAAAAAUCUUAUGAACCCCAUAUGGGGGUUCACUAAUGCAGAUGGCCUAAAAGAGUUCAAAAGAGGGAUUGUCUAAACUUUUUUGUUACUAUUCAUAACUUUUAUUAUUAUUUAGCACUUACAAUUCUCUUUCAUUUUAGCGUUGGAGAAACUCUUAUCUAUAUUAUUAAAAGAAUAAUACAAAAUAAAAAGUCUCCAUAACUUAUUUACAAAAGAAUACCAUUAAAAUAUUUAUUGAACUUAUAUAUAAAUAUGUUUUGUUAAUUUUACAGUUUAAUUAAUGCCACUUAAAUAAUUAAUAACCUACCUUUUAGGAUUAUUUGUCUUUUUCUAUUUAAUUAAUGUAUUUUCCUAAAUCUAAUUUUAACAAAAAUAAUCAUGACAACAAUUACUUAAGAAAAUCAAUGUGUCAUUGCUAUCAUACGAAUAUUACGUAUUCCUCAAUUUUAAAUAUUCAGUAUACUAUCAUUGAUGUACAUAACUCUAACAUAGAGCUUCUUUUGAUAUAACCACACCAAUUUAUCUCCUUUUUAGUAUGAAAUCCAAACGAAUUACACAAAUUAAUAUAUUCAUACCUAUGUAUUAAUUUAGUUAUUUUGUACCCCAAUCGUUUUUAUAGUCUUUCUAAACAAAUAAAAUAUAAAAAUCCAAACCAGAAUAUCUAUUUAAGUCUUUCCAUACGGAUAAUCAAUGAGGAAUCAUGGGUCAAAAAUAAAAUUACUCGAUUUAAAAUAUAAAAUUAUAAUGUCUGGAGAUGUCAAAUUAUUUAAUAUGUAUAGAUUUUAAAAUUAGAUAUUAUUAUAUAUACAAAAUAAAUAUUUAUUUAUAAAAAAUAUAAAUAACAAAUCGCACUGGUGCAUAGAUCAAGAUUUAGUUUUGAUUCUUAAAUUUAAAGGCUAACGUGAGAAUCUUUAAGAAUAUAAAUAUUGGUUUAAAGCAUUUUUCUUUACUAAAUUGUAAAUACUAUUUCAAAAAUGAAAGUUGAGAUUUUACAAUGUUAUUAACAAAUACUCCAUCCGUUCCAAAAAAUGCUUGUAUUAAAUUGUUUUUUAAAAAAGAUACAUUUUUUCUAUAAUUUCAAUGCAGUUUUUAUCAACUAGUAAUGAAAAAUUGUAGACUUCAAAAACACCAGUUGCAUUUCUUAAUAUCUUAUUGUUUUAGAAAUAUAAAAUUACAAAAAUAUGCAGUUAAUAUAUAUUUAUUGAUAUGUUUAAAAUUUUAAAAUAUGUAUUAUUUUGAAAUAGAGGGAGUAUAAGAUCGUUACAUUUGAUUUCAAAGCAAAAAAAGUAAAAGAAAGGGAAAAAAACUGAUUUCAAAAGGGUGUUUGACAAAUUGAACUGGACGUUGUCGUUAAAUAUUUUUAAGGUGAUAGUA